GUGUGUGUGUGUGUCCUCCCUCCUGGUAUGACAGCUUCAACCUGUCACAAACUAUCAAUAGCAACAUUCAUAUUUUGCCAGUCGUAUCAGAAAUAGUUAUACCGAAAAGGUCCUUCACUAUUUAACAAGCAUCUCUUCCCUCCUUAAUUAUGGAGCGCACAGAAGAGUCAGAAACACAAUCAUCAAAUGAUGUCGGUACUGCUCGAUGCUCGCCAGUGCCAAACAGUUCCAAUCCUACCAUUACCACCGACAUCAUUGAGGAUUUGGAGAAAAUUAAGGGCGAUUCGAUCGGCGAUACAUUGUACAGCAGCCGGUUUGUGUUGAAAACUUUAAUAAAAUUGACGAAUUUCACAUCGAGCAGUACUUUGGAGCAGGAUGAAGACUUUGAGAAAGACCUUUGCAUCUUAUGGGACAUGACAAUCGAAAAGGAUGUGGUUCAACUGCUGUUGGAGCAAAAUGUACUGGAAUUGUUCGCCAACAUCAUACAAACAAAUGAUGAGGACAAGCGACUGACCGAGAUCCUUGUUGGAAUAAUUGGAAAUAUGUGUGCGCUAUCAGAGACCCGGACUCGAUUAUGCUUCAGUGUUGAAUUGAUGAGUCCACUGUUGGAUUUAGUGUCGUGCACCGAUUCGUUGAUUCUGGUUCAGCUGAUGCGUUUGCUUCACGCAGCUCUAGUCUUCGAGAAUUCAGGUGACGAAAUUUCCUGGUUCAAUCAUUUCAAAUCGGCCGAAAAUUUCGUGGAGAAACUGUCCUUCUUGCUGGACAAUUCGAUGAGUACCACAUUGCUGGUGAAUGCUUACGAAGCACUGAAUUCGAUCUGCGCAAAAUUCGCGGUCAUUGAAAUUCAACCGGAGGGAAAGGAUUCCAGUUUCAGUGACCUUUUUGUCCAGCCCUGUUUGAUAUCGGGCAUUGUGGAAGCGUUUAAAGUGAUGCUGCCUGAGCAAACGGAUCAAUCAGCAGACGACUCGCUACAGCCAACGAAAAGCUCGCAACGAAUCAUGAAUCUGUUCCUGGACAUCAAUGUCAUUCUGUCCCAGUACUCCGGCCUAUCGGAGAAAAGUUACCAAGAUUGUCUACCCGAUGUUCUCAAGUGCAUUUCACGGAUAUUGGAUCCGUUAUGCAACCCUAUUUACCUGUUUCCGGUCACGACGAAUGAACAGGGCGUCAUCGAAAAUAUAAACGAAAUUUUCCAAGCCCUUGGCGAUCCGUUUCAUGGGAAAUGUUUCGCCAAUUUAAUAAGAAUCCGGUCGAUGAUCGACCAACACAUCGAUACCAGCAAAACGACACAACAUUCCGAAUGGGAAAAUGACACACAAGAAGAGGAAAUCGAUUUGGACGAUUUGAACAUCACCAUUUUGGAGCUGCUCACCCGGACGUGUAAAAAUGGUUCAGUCGAUGACAUUGCCGAGCAUGUUAAAUCGUUGAAGCGGGAGAACGUGGUGAGUUUAUUGGACGCACUGAAAGCGGGAGACUCGGAGCCAGAUAUUCAGGAGAGCUGUUCGAAGCUCAGUGCUGUUAUUGUGAAAUUGUGGACUGGUAGCAGUGCUUCGUGAACGAUCGUCCACAAACAAAAAUUUGCGGCCGCUUGCAUUGUCUUUAAUUGUAAUUUAUUGAUGAAAUUCACCCAUCAGACUGAACACAAAACCGUUUUUCAUUUAGCCUU